AUGUCGCAUCCUCACAGACGAGAGUCACUGUUGACUCAGCUUGAAAAUAUGCAUAAGCAGCUCAACGAUGAAACGCGGAAAAAGUGGAACCACAACAAUGCCAAUGAAGGGAACGGUGAUCAUAGGGGCGCUAGCGCAGCUCCCUCUGGUAUGUUGAGCAGAAAUGAGCGAAACUCGAUGCCUAUGUUUGCAGGUAGCUCGUCUCACAGUGGUCUGCUAGCGUCAAACAGCAGUCAGGAUAUGACCUUUGUCAUGGGGCUCAGUGAAAACUUGUUGGUUGAGUGUAGAAGAUUGCAGGCUGAUAACGAGUCAAAGAAAAGGAAGCUACAGGCUGUUAAACAGGACCAUGAAGAGCUCAAGGAAAAAUAUCAGAAACUGAGCAAUACACACCAAAUAGUCGUCAAGGAGUUGCAAUCACUAAGGGACACCAAUUGGGAUUUAGAAAAUAAAUUGCAGAGCGUUUCGGUUGAAGCCAGAAGCCUGAGAGAAAAGCUUAGUAAAAACAAUCGAACUCUUAAGCUGGAAACAGAGUCUGCAAGACAAUUCAAAACGGAUCUGGAGGUCUCAGAGCUAAAAUUCACUAACCUUGAGAAGCAGCUGGAGUCAACGAAAAAUCAACACAUGGCGCAACUAGCUGAGCUAAGGAAGCAUGUUUGCGAGCUGAAUGACGAAAAUGAUACCUUGCAUUUGAAAAAUAGAGAAUCGCAUGAGAAGUUGGAGAAAAGCAAGCAACUUGAGCAAUCAACCUCCGAGGCACUUCAAUCUGCACAGCGCGACUUGAAGAGUGCAAGUGAUAUCAUUGCUCAGCUCAGAGCACAGGUCAAGACACUUGAUGCGACGCCCGACGCAAAGGGCUUUAGCAUUGAGGCUCAAGAGGAAGAGCGAGAUGGGCCUAGAUUUGGCAGCGAUCCGAGUAACGCCUCUGAGUUGAACGAUGUUUCUGAAAGUCAGGCGGAAGAGGAAAACAUCUUAGCUGAGAUCAAAACAUCUGUGGAGUGUCAAUGUCAACAGGCCAUUAAAUCGCCUAACAGCGAACAUGACAGACUGUGCACCGUUUCAGACAAUCCUCUUUCUCAGGAGGAUACAUAUCAAGAGUCGGUCAGCAACGGAAGCUCGCCAGAACAAGUGGAGAAAAUCGAUCAUAUGGCCGCUUUAUUGAAGGAAUCUGGUUACAUCGUCAUUUCAUCAACGGAAUACAACGACAUGAUGAAUAAAUCAAAAGAAUACGACAAUCCAACAAGCGAAUGCUUGAGAUUGAAGGCAAGCCACUUAGGGAAGCAACUUGUCUCGCCUGAAGAGCUCAAACAAAUAUCGAACCUAUCAAUACCGGAGAUUAUCAACAGAUUAGAGGGCGAAAAAUACAAAGUUCUCCAGCAGGAUACCUAUCUAGAGAUAUUAAGAAAGACAGAAGAUCCGCCACUAGACUUUUUGAGAGAUAAGCUUAAAUUACAUGGCUAUAUGGCUGUCACAAACCAAGAAAUCAAUCGACUUCGGGAACUUGAUUUAUCGCUCGUGACUGCAAAUUCUGAGGAAAUUGGCUUUACUGUAAUAGCUGAUAGGUUGUAUCUUCAAUUACAGAGGGACAUAUCGGAACCUUCCCUGGGGUAUUUGAAGCAAAUGGCUCAAAAAGGCGAGGUCGAGGCACUGCUUCACUGGUUAGCAAACAAGCGAGAUGCAGUUCUGUUAGAUAAAAAAGAAGCCGAGAAAUUGGACCGUUGCUUUACCGCACCAACUCGGGAAUUUUUGGAUGAAAAAGCAACUUCUCUUGGUUAUCAGUUAAUCGAGCGUGGCAGAUUUGACGAGAUAAAUCGGACCUUUGAAAACCCUUCGAACGAUUUUCUGGACCAGAAGGCUGGUGCACGAGGUCUCUCUGUCGUGUCGUCAGUUGAAUUAACUCAGCUUAGGAAGAUUGCUGAAAUCCCCGAUCUUCAGUUUCUAUCUGAAAGGGCAAGUAAUCUCGGAUAUCGUCUUGUGCUAGAAGGUGAACUGAAAAGGUUAGAAUCGACCGCCCAUUGCCCCAGCCUAGAAUUUUUAACGACAAAAAUAAACGAAAAGGAAUACACUGUUAUAGAUAACCACAGCUAUCAUGCCUUGGUCCAGCAGACAACGCAUCCGGACCUGACAUUCCUGAAAGAAAAGGCAGUAGCGCAAGGUCAUGAGUUAAUAGAUAAAAGAUUGUAUGAGGAGUCACAAAGGAAACUAUUUGAACCAACACAAAAUGAACUAUCUGAAAUGGCGGCCCGUCUCGAAUGUGUUGUUGUGCUCGCUUCAGAAUAUGAGCAGGUGAACGCCCUGCUUAAGAACCCUUCUUGUAGCUAUCUUCGGGAGAAAGCCCAGGAGCAUGGUUUGUCACUUAUACCAGCAGCGGAGCUUGAGAAGCUCAAAAAUAUGUCAAAGGACAAGUCCAAAGUCCUUUCUGUUAACUCAUUUGGUUUCGUAUCGGUUCCGCUCCCUGAGCUUGAAGUUUUGAAGAGCUCAUCGUUAGCCAACGCUAGCCUUUCGGACUUGAAGACCAAAAUACAGGAAAUGGGAUACAUCGCGAUUGCACAGGAAGAGUAUAAGCGCUAUCAAUGUGCAAAUGUUAGCUCAGAGUCCGGUGGACAAGAACAGAUCGUGGCCCAUUGUGCCAAGCAUGAUCUCAACGACCUUUCGCGUCAGGAGUAUGAAACUUUUAAAUGUGGGAUAGCCAGCAUACCUCUUGAAGGGCAUAUUUCUGCAUUGCGAUCUCGUGGAUAUGCAGUUGCAGCUCAGAGUAAUUGCGACCAGCUGGGGAGCCAACUUACUUCUUCUGAAUCGGAUCAUCCGAUUGAUCAUCUGCAAAAGAAUGCAUCGGCAGCAGGAUCUGCCCCUAUCGGCGAGGAUAUUUCUUGGAUGCUCGAGCACAUCUUAGACGCGCCAUCCGUAGUGCACCCUGGAAGUAAAGCAAACUUAAGUGAGCAUCUACUUGUUUGUCCAAAGGAAUCAACAGGCAAUGAGUCCCAUGCAAAGUCAUCUAGCAUGGACUAUCUGUCUGCUAAAGCCCAAGAAAUCGGUUAUGGCCUGCUUAAACUGGAAGAGCUCAAGGAAAUGGAAAGAAGAUUGAACUGUAUUUCCUUUCAAGAAUUCGACGAUGAUUUUGGAGGCGAUAAGAGAUGGAUACUUGUCUCAGAAGAAGAAUAUUAUAAAACCAAAAAUCGCUUGGAAAACCCUUCGGUUCAAGAACUGCAGGCAAAAACGCUUCGACUAGGUUACGUCAUGCUACUUGCUUCUGAGUAUGACGCUAUACAACGUGCGCAGAUCAGCCCUUCAGAAGAAUACCUCGCUCAGAAAGCUCUCAAAUACAAUAAGUUACUCGUAGAGAAGACUUCGUAUGAGGCGCUGCAACUGCAAAUAGAUAAUCCUUCAGAGGGCUUUCUUAUUAAACAUGCCGCCUCGCUCGGAAAAGUUUUAGUAUCUGAGCCUAGUUACAACGAGGGUCUGAGACGACUUGCCGCCCCGACGCAUGAAUUCUUGGUGGAAAAGGCUGCCAAUAUAGGGUUUGUGCUAGUCGAUAUCGAACAAAUGGAAAUGUUUAAAGCGUUACACAAAUUUCAAAAGAUGCUUGAAAAAGCUGGUUUUGAACUCACAACAACGACAGAACAUGAAUUGCUGCUGAAUCAUACAGAGAUAUCAACAGGUCAGGAAGGUGAAGUAAAAAGCGGUUCUCCUUUAGGAGCUCAGGACCCGACUGUUGUGCACAAAAUAGAAAAGCCUUUGGAUGUGACGAAAAUGAUUAGGAAUGAUUCUUUUGUUCUAUUAGAUAAAGACAGUUAUCAAUCAUUGCUCGAUGCUUGCAUAAAAAAAGUCACUAAACGGGAGGUCUUUGACAUUUGUUCUAAAUUCAAUAUGGUUGCACUACCUUCUGAGAAGUACGAGGAGCUGGUCAAGGAACCUACGCUGGACGAAAUAAGGUCCAUGGCUGCUCGUCAUGCGUCUGUGGUGGUGAUGCGUGAGCAGUUUGAUAUGCUGAAAGCAGAGGUAGAAUAUCCCCCAGAUGAAGCCAUUGAGCGAUGUGCAGAUCAAAAGGGAAUGGUUCUUGUUAAAAGGAGCGAUUAUGAGUCUUUAAUGCUAAAAUUCAAUAAUCCCACGAAGCUUGAAAUAGAAAAACAAGCAGAAAAGAUAGGCAUGAUAGCGAUUGCGAGCGAAAGAUACGAACACCUGCUGAAAGAAUUAAAAUAUAAGUCUUCCUCAGCAACGCCGUCGCCUUCUUCAAAGGUACAAGCGAGCAAGCAGUAUUUUGAGCAGGUCAUCCGGAAUCAGAAUAAACAGUCGGAUAAAUUGUACGGGCCAACUAAAACACUAGGAUUCGUCACCCUUUCUAACGAAGAAUAUAAGAAGUUGAAGGAAAACCAAAAGUCAUAUACUUUGACUAAGGCUGAUAUUUAUAACGGCGCUAAAGCAUUUUCACUUGCCGUGCUGCCUCUUGAAGAAUACAAAGCGCUUCUGAGAAAGAAAUUGGUGGGUGCUCAUUAUGAGCAUGAUAGUCCUGAGGAAAGUACAGCGAAGAUUGACAUGAAAGUCGUUACCUUUCAUAUGGAUUCUCCGACCCCUUUUGCCAGGAAAUCAGUCGGAGGAAAUCCGUUGAAAUUUUGCGAUCACCCAUCUGUCGCACCAUUGGAUGAUUAUGCUUCAUGUUCACAGACCAGGAGCAAUGAUUCUUUGGCUAACGACUUGCAACAUGAUCAUUCCGGCCAAGAAAUAGACUUCAUAUCUUCGGUAGGUCCUGCCUUUCUCCCCCACAGCCAAAGCCGAAGCAGAAGUUUUGAAGAUCUCAAAGAGGGGACAACGGCUUUGAGCGGUGGUAAGGGCGUGUCUCACUAUGAUGAACAGCAUCCGGACCAAGUUCAAUCUGUGAAAACGGAGCGUUCUCUAGAACAGGAGCAACAGCAGGUUCCUGGAUUGCUUGACGUCAGUAACUCGCAUGAAGAUAGUGAUCUGGAUGAUCUGGAUGAGGACACCCUGAUGAAAGAGGCGAGGAAAAAGGAUCUGGUUCUUAUAACUAGGCUAGACUAUGAAAAGUUCUUGGCCGUUGCAAAGAGCACAACCACAAGAGAAAUGCUUGAGGCAGAAGCAUCUAAACUAAAUUUGGUGGUUCUUGAAAAGCAAGAAUACUGCGAGCUUCUGAAUAAAAAUGAGGUCGAUGUUUGCUACGUUGAAAAACUAGCGCAUCAGUUCGGUCUCGAGGCGGUGAGUGCAGAUUAUCUGCGCCAACUGGAAACAACUGAUAAUCUGACUGUCGAUAAUGUGAAAGAAAGAGUCGCCAAUUUGGGAUAUGUUGCUUUAACGGCAUCCGAGUUUGAUACUCUGAACGAGAAAGCCGCGUCACAAGGGCUUAAGGUCACACAAGAAUCAAUUUCAUCAAAGUCAUCUCACUUCAAUUCGGUAAUAGAGCCAAAAAUAAUCAAAACAGAAGUGAAGGAUGAAACUUCAGACGACCAGGUUGAGGAUUUGGAUGCGCAAAAUGGGGUUGAAUGCCUACCGUCUUCUACUCGUGUCGCAUCUAAAAGUGGUAAGCAAAACGACUGCGAAAAUUGCUUCGGGAUGGAAGGUAAGGAAAUGCCCGCUGAUUUGAAUGCCGAUGAUAUUAUUCGAUGGGCGUCAAGAUUUAAACUUGUCCCCAUCGAAAUGGAGCACUUCGAGCAGAUAAAAGAAGAAUUGAGUAAUCCAACGCUGACAGUUGAAGAGAUUAUAGAGCGAGCAGAACAGCAUAAUCUAGUUGCUAUUCCUGAUGAUGUAUAUGAACAAUUGCAAAACUCGCCAAAGAAUGGUGAACAAGAUACCAAAGCUGUCGAGGCGAAAAACGCUAAUGAUGGAUGGGAGAAGGAUAUGACUUUUGACGCAGCUAUUGCGCAUCUGAAAGUGAUCGCGGAUCGGUUUCAUUUGUUCCGUUCGCCUGAAGAAGCGUCAAGCGACUGCAAGCUAUUCGGCUGCAGUUGUGUUGUGGUUCUUUCCGAUAUUUAUUACAACGAAUUGCUAACUAGCCAGAGGAUGCUGGCUUGUAAAGUCGCAGAAGAGAAGAUUCGAUCCAAAAACCAGAAGCUUACGUCAAACGUCAGCCCAGCGAAACUAAAAAGUCAUCAGCUGUUGCAACCUACUCCUAAUGGCGGUUCAAAAGUGCAGAAACAAACUUUUAUCAGCUCUCCAAAAUCUCCGGCUCAAAGUGCUGCAGCAAACGCACAUAAAGCGCAUCUCAAGUUUCCAAAAUCAUUGUCCCAUAGCGCUGCUUUCAUGCCAAAGCAUUCCAGGGGUUCCUCUGUCGCAAGAAAUGAUAGCACAGCUGGUUCUUCCAUUGAGAGAAGUAAUUCGAUGGGAGCUCUUUCGCUAGCCACGAUUGCCUCGCUAAGCGAGCCCAGCAUAAUACCUGCACUGACACAAACCGUCAUAGGUGAGUAUUUGUACAAGUACUAUCCAUAUUUUGGUCCUUUUGGCUUAAAUAGCCGUCAUGAGAGGUUCUUCUGGGUGCAUCCAUACACAUUAACGCUGUAUUGGUCAACGACAAAUCCAGUUUUGUCGAAUCCAGCUAAUCAUAAGACUAAAUGCGCGGCUAUUAUUUCUGUUGAAAGCGUUGUGGAUACAAAUCCGUAUCCUGCUGGCUUAUACCAUAAGAGCAUUAUAAUAACCACCGAUAACAAAACAGUCAAGAUAACCUGUGCAACGAGGCAGCGACACAACAUUUGGUACAACUCAUUGAGAUAUCUGGUGCAACGGAACAUGGAAGGAAUUAGCUUGGAAGAGAUAGCAGACGAUCCCAGCGACACCAUGUACUCGGGCAAGAUAUUCCCACUACCGGGAGAAAACUCAAAGAGCGCCAGUCGGCGGUUAUCGAGUACAAGAAGGUCUGUGAGGGCUCGCAUAUCCAAAUCGACUUCUAUGCCAAUGAAGAAAAAUGACUGA